CUAUAUAUAAUAUGGACUCAGCAAAGAAACAAGACAUCAGUGACCUUGCUGCUUCAGUUGAUUAUUUUACAAACAGUCUUUAUGAAGCUGUAGCUGCAGGAACCAAUGAAAACGUUUUCAUAUCACCAUUCAGUGUUGCUACUGUUUUAGCAAUGGUUUAUUUUGGAGCAAGACAAAACUCUGCCACACAGUUGGAAAAUGUUUUGAACAUAACUUCAACUCCAGAUUCUGUAGCUUUGGCUUUCAAAGAAUAUUUUUCACUUCUGAAAAACUCGGAUAAACUUAUCACAUUCAAUUCAGUGAAUUGUUUGUAUGCUAAUGAAAAAUACCACAUUUCAGAAGACUACAAGAACAUUAUUAUAAAAUAUUUUUUUUCAGAUAUUGAAAAUGUAGAUUUUAUAAAAAAUGCAGAAAAAACAAGAAUUACUGUUAAUGAUUGGGUUAAGAAUAAAACAAAUGAUAAAAUUACUGAUUUGUUACCAAGUGGAAGUUUGACACCUCGGACGGUACUACUUCUUAUUAAUGCUGUGUACUUUAAAGGAAUAUGGGCUGACAAAUUCCCAGAACAAGAAACAUAUUCUAAACAGUUUUAUUUAAGUCCAGACAAGACUGUAUCGCAUGAUUUUAUGUAUAUAUCUGAAUAUUUUAGUACAAAAGUAAGCAAGAACUAUAAAGUUGUCGAGUUACCUUAUACAGGAAAAUCUUUUAGUAUGUUUGUAAUUCUUCCCAAUGAAAUCAAUGGUCUUGCUGUUUUAGAGAAGGAGAUUAAUGCUCAAUUUCUCAAAAAAAUUGUUAACAGAAAAGGAUUUAAAAUGAGGUAUCUAGAAUUAAAUAUGCCAAAAUUUCGUUUAGAAAGUAGUUUUCAGCUGGGUGAUGUUUUGAAAAAGCUUGGACUCUUUGAUAUUUUUGAUCCUCAAAAAGCUGAUUUAUCUGGAAUGACUCGUCAUAAUAACAAUAUCUUUGCCAAUGAAAUGUUUCAUAAAGCAUUUGUUGAUGUUAAUGAAAAAGGGACAGAAGCUGCAGCUGCAUUUGGAGUGAUGGUGACGGAUGGCAUAAUAGAAAUUGAUAUGCAAUUUGAUGUAAAUCACCCAUUCAUAUUUUUAAUUGUUGACAACCAAGCUAAAAUGAUUCAUUUCAUUGGUAAAGUAACAAACCCUACAAUAUAAGAUGAUAUUGCCCUGUCAAAGAUUUUCCUCCUUGCAUUAUGUAGAUAAUGUAAGUGAGCAAAUUUAUUUAGAAUAUUUUUUAGUAGGUUAACUUAAGUCAUUAUAGUUGUAAUUGUGCAGGAUUAUGAUCAUAUCUACCCAAUGAAAGAUUAUAAAACUGCAUUAAUCUAAAUCAAUAUUAUCAACUUGUAUUUGUCAUACAUUUACAAAAAAAUAUUACACUCUUUGAAAUAUCUUUUCUUAGCAAAUUUAUUUUAAUAAUAUAUAUAUUGUUGCUUGUAAACAUUUACUGGUUAAAUAAAGUGAAAUCAAUGCUUGCUUGUAUGCUUCAUUUCAGUUUAUAUUAAUAAAGUA